AUGGGAUCAAGCAAGCCAGCUGUGCCUGAUGGUACAUUUGCAUCCACUACUCAGCCGUACAGGAAUGAAGCAAAGGUUUUCCAAACACAGCUGCAGUUCAAUAGAAACGUUCCUGCAGCUCCAGAGAACUUGGCUCUCAGAUUCUCAAACCCCCGUCCAGUUAUAAUAGAAAAACUGAAAGCUUCCAAUGAUCAGAGAGAUCUGACUGGAAGUAAAGAGCCCAGCCUGAGAAGCUCUAGCAUGUUUUCAGUGGUAUCUGAAGAGAGACUGAAAUUGGCUGUGCAGCUAGCCAAAAGGGACAUAAAACGAAGACGUCUCGAAGAGCAAGUGAAACAGCAAGUGUUUGGAGAUGCAGGCAAUAAACCAUUGUUGGCCCAAAAGUUACAACAGCAGAAGACUGAAGUAGUUGAAAGUCCAGAAAAUAAAAAUGCUUUGAAGUCUCAAACUUGCAUGAAAUACCAGCAGAAUCUCAGUCAGCCCUCCAAAGUGGAGACUACCAGCUCUGGUGCUAAGGUUUAUAUCUACACACCCAGUGGAGGAAAGCUAAUACCAGCUGGUUUGGACUCUUCACCCUCCCAUGACACAAAGCAGGACCCUAAGCCAAAUGAGAACAGGCAAGAGGAUAAAAGUAUGCAGGAAGUCCGACAGCUACGUAAGGAAUUGAGGAGCUAUGUCCAGAAAAUUGAAGAACUGACCAAAAAAGGGAGAGAGAGAGAAAUUUUAGAUCCUGAUGAAGAGCAACGAGUUUGUGCUAGAAGGCAGAAACAAGCUGCACGCUCAGCACGGAUGCUGUAUGUGCUCCAGCAGCAGGUAAAAGAAAUUCAGGAUGAUUUAGAGAAACUGAGUGCUCAUAAAAUCAAACAUACUAAAAAGUCUCAAGCAGUGUCCAGGCUGGCAGCAGCGCACAGAGGAGCCGUAAGAGCCUUGCACACGUUUGCCAAUCAUUUUGCAGAUCAAGCAGAGCAGCAGGUUCCUGCCCACUACAGGGAGCUGGGCAGCCUCAUUCGACAGCUGUCUCUCUGUUCUGCCAAACUAGAAGGGGAUUCCUCCAUUUCUGAUGUCAUCAUUGAUAUCUUGCUGCAAGUCGAGGAUCUGGAGUCACUGCUGGAAAAGAAACAAACACCCAAAAAGGUGAAGAAAUGUGUUGCAGCAUCUCAGGGCAAAUCUCCAAGUAACACUGAGACAUUUCCAGCCAGAAAGCAGCUCCCAUCUCCAAAAAGAGAACAGAAACUUCUCAUCUUAAAGGGACAGCACAGGCAAGAACAUAGAAAACCUGCAGCUGCCAGGAGUCUCUUGACUGCAGUUCAGAAGGCAAACAGUUGUGCUCAUCUAUUGCACAAUAAAUUCCCAGAAGGAAAGGAUCCCCCUACUCCAGAGAGCAAAGGACCCCCCAGCUCCACUUCACGAGGAAGAAAAGAUGCAUUGGUGAGAGCUGGAGCUGGAAGAAAGGAUCGUAGCCUUGAAAGUGGCUCUUUGAAGAAGAAAGGGAUGUGCUUACCUAGCAAAUCACAGGGGAUGCUGAAAUCUCUGCAGGCAAGGCAGGUGCAGCCUGGAGGGAAGCGUGCCCGGUUCCAGGAGACCACCAUAGCCUCCCAGCUGAAGGAGACCCAACGGCCUGUGAAGGAGGGCAGGGUGCCCUGCGUGCCCCCACGCCCGGCGCCCCCACCCGUGGCACCCCAGCGGUCACAAAGUGUUUCCCCAGCCCAGUUUGCAGACAAAGUUGGGAUGGCAGCACAGGAGAACUUAGAACCUCUAGCAGACAGGACACAGCAGGUCACAGCAAAUGCAGAUAUUCUAAAUGAAAAGCUAUUGGAUGAUCUUUUGGAAGAUACUGCUCAGGAACUGUGGGGUACAGAGCAGUGUGAGAGACUCCAGACCAAAGCUGUGCCUAUGGCUGACACUCCCAGUCUGGAGGCAAUGUUGCAAAGAAUGGAAGAAAUUGAAAGGUACCAGGAGGCGGUGCGCCGCAGGUUCACCCAGAUCCUGUACAGCGAUCCGGCCGCCUGGGCCCGGGAGGACCAAACAGAACAACAGAUGGCAUCAAUUGCUCAAAGACCUACAUCUCCUCAUCCAAUUCAGCUAACCAAAUUAAAUGGACACUCAGAGCCAGAAAGGGACAUUUUCUUUGGGAAGCCUUUUGAUAGCAAUGAUAUUGAUGAAAACAAAGAAGCAGAGGAGGAACUGCAGACUGGAAUUGCCAUUCUGCAGCCCUGGACUCGGAAUUCCCCACGGGAAGAGGGCUGUGUGGCUCUCUCUGUGCCCAAGGCCAUGCUCAGGAGCAUCUCUGAGUACAACAGCAGAUACAAGCAACACUUGAAACUUACUUGCCAUGAGGCAGUUGGCAGUUUUGAUCCAUGGCAGAUUGCUGAGAGCCUUGCAGAUCAGCUGACAGAAGAAGCCCUCUGUGAUGUGGCAGCAGAGCUGCAGGAUGUUUGUGAGGAUUAUGCAGAAGCUGUGUUCACGUCAGAGUUUUUGCAGCCAGCACAGUAA